CGGGGUCCGGGAGGGCGCCCAGAGGAGGUGCCCCAAGUGCCACGGCUCGGGGAUGGAGGUUCGCAUCCACCAGCUGGGGCCCAGCAUGAUCCAGCAGAUCCAGACCGUGUGUUCCCAGUGCCAGGGCCAGGGCGAGUGGAUCCGCCCCCGGGACUGCUGCCUCACCUGCAACGGCCGCAAGGUCGUGCGGGAGAAGAAGAUCCUCAGCGUGCACCUGGAUAAAGGGAUGAAGGACGGGCAGAAAAUCACCUUCCACGAGGAGGGGGACCAGGUGCCCGGCUUGGAGCCCGGGGACAUCAUCAUCGUCCUGGACCAGAAGGAACACCCCGUUUUCCGGCGCAGCGGCGACGACCUGAUCGUCAGGAGGGAGAUCAGCCUGGCAGACGCCCUGUGCGGGUGCCGGCAGGUGAUCCGUACCCUGGACAACCGCACCCUGCUCGUCUCCUCCCCGCCAGGUGAUGUGAUCCGGCCCGGCGACCUGAAGUGCAUCCCCAACGAGGGGAUGCCCGUCUACAGGAGCCCCUUUCAGAAGGGAAAGCUCAUCCUGCAGUUCGAGGUGAAGUUCCCCGAGCCGGGCUGGCUCCCUGCUGACCGCCUGCGCCAGCUCCAGGCCUUCUUCCCGCCGCAGGAGGAGGUGAUGGCCACGGAGGACACGGAGGAGGUGGAGCUCAGCGACUACACGGCGCACGGCGGGCCCGGCCGGCGACCCUACACCGGCGAGGCCUACCACGAGGACGACUUCGAGGAUGGCAUGCGCCAGCACGUCCAGUGCCAGACCUCAUAGCCCGCAGGGGGGGGCCGGAGCCCCCCCGGGCGCAGCCGGGGCAGGGGAGGGGACUCACGGAGCCGCCACGUUCAGGGAUGUACAUAGGUCGCCUUUCCGACAGCACUUCACCUCCCUCGGCCCCCCCUGCACCGGGAGCCGGGGCAGGAGCCCCCCCGACCCUGCCAGGGUGAGGCCCCCCUGCCCUGCCCUGCCCUCCCCUCAGCCCU